AUGGCCGCCGUGCCGUCCGCCACCAGCGGCGCCAACCGUGGGCGCGCCCGCGGCAUCAAGAGAGAGCGCGAGUCGCUCAACUCACUCCCAUCUGACAAUGAGGUGACGUCCGAAACCAACCAAAACACCUCGCGCGGGCCAGCCACGGAUCAUUCACUCGAGUCUGCCACCGACACGCCUGGCAUGGCUCCGCCGCUCUCCUACCGCCACGGGCGGUCCGAUGCUCCUACACCAAGCGAGCGUGCUGAGGAUACCGAACCUCUGUUUCGCGAGGUGCGAGCCAUUCCCAGAAUGACGCCGCCUAGCAACAAUCCCCAAGAAGAGGGCAGCUUCUUUCAAGAGUCCUUUAAAGAUAUCGCAAAGAGACUCAAAGCUUUCAACGACGCUCUCGGUGAGCUCCAGCAGCUUGGUGUCUCUCACGAUGUCCAGCUUCCCGAGCUCGUGCUUGUUGGAGACCAGAGUGCGGGCAAGUCCAGUCUCAUGUCCGGUCUUGCUCAGCUAGACCUUCCACGCAGCGAGGGAACUUGCACUCGAUGCCCGCUUCAUAUUCGCGUUUCCAUGAACCCCGAGUGGUCGUGCAGAGUCUGGCUGCGCAAACAGUAUACGUAUGCGCCUCCCUCGGGCCGCAACAUUGAGGAGUCGGACGUCACGGAUGCCGACCCCUUCUAUCCGUGGAAGAGGCAGCCGACUGUCGAUAUCGUUGAAUUCAAGACUAUGCACGACAAUACGGAGAUUGAGGAAGUCCUUCGCUGGGCACAAAUCGCCAUUCUCAACGACAACAAGAACCCUGCCCUGUAUGUUCCGGGAUCUGGUUCCAUCGCUUGCAACACGCCCAUCGCCCAAGAGGCAGACCGGACUUUGGCAAAAUUCUCGCCCAACAUUGUUGCAUUGGAGAUCAAGGGUCCUCAUCUCCCCAAUCUUUCCUUCUACGACAUGCCUGGCAUCUUCCAGAACCCGGCCGAUGCAAAGGACGAUUAUCUCGUGUCAGUCGUCACCAACUUAUCAAAAGCCUACAUCCUGCAUCCGUCAGCCAUCAUCAUGUGCUCCAUGCCCAUGAACUCGGAUGCGGAGAAUUCAUCCACCUUUGGCUUGACUAGAAAGCUUGGUGCCUCGGAUAGAACCAUUGGCGUUCUCACCAAGGCUGACUUGCUAGCUCCCGCGGGAAAUUUCGAACAGUGGUUGUCCAUCAUGAAAGGGGAAGCGCAUAAAACCGGACUUGGAUACUUCGUAACAUCGCGUCCUCAAGGCAAGACGCUGGAAGAACUCGGCAAAUGGGAGAGCGCCAUGUUCAUUGAGCACGGUGUAGACACAUGGCCAAGCGAAUUUCGUCAAUUCAGCAACCGCUGCGGCGUGGAAAAGCUCAAAACUUUCUUGUCGGAGAAAUUGGCCGAGGCAUUCGCCAGCAGUCUCCCUACUAUCAAAAGAAAGGUUGCCAGUCGCCUCCAUCAGCUUAGCAAGGAUCUCGCGGCCCUUCCGGAGCUUCCAGACAAUAUCGAGCUCGAGGUGGAGAGCAGUUUGAUGCAGUUUUCUGAAAGCUGCCGCCAGGGUAUCGAUGAGAUGAUGAGGCUCGGCGGCGCUCUGCCCAGAGCCUUCGGUGCUUGCCUCCUCCACGUUAAACCGAGAUUUAUCUUGAAAGACAAAAGCGACAACCCUGUAGUGGAGAUAUCUGAUGACGAAUCGGAUGCACCACCACCGAGGGUAUCGACUCCGAAGAGGCGCCAGGUUGCCGGUCAAAUCACGCCAUCGUCCAAGCGUGCUCGGUUUGAUAACACCAACGGCCUCACCAACGGCCACGCUUCGAACCUCAAGCGAGAAGAAACGGCAAGCCCGUCUUCUGUAACAGGAGCAGCGCCUCGGGCUAGACGGACUAGGCUCCAGCCACCCUUUGCAGAGUACAGCUCGCUGGGAAGCGGCCCCCGUACCCUGGCACAAGUUAGAGCCGAAAUCCGAGGCAAAAUGCAAGCUGGUACUCCCGACGUCAUCCCGCCUGAUGUCUAUCAAGAUAUGGCCAUGCAGUCCAUUAAGGUCUGGGAGAAGCCAAUGAAGACUUUUUUGUCAGCUACAAUGGAACAGCUUCAUGAGAAGCUCAUCACGAAGCUGAAUAUAUCGCUUGAACGUCUGCGAAAACGAUUGAUUUACAGGGAAACUGCCGAGUACCUGAGACAAUUCCUUUUGCAACAGUUGAAGCAGACAGAGGACUUGGCUGCCAUUUUGCUCAAGCAAGAAACUCAACGGAUAAUCACGUUUCAGGACGAUCAUUUUAUAUGGAACAGAACACAGGAAGCACAAGAGCUGAAGUGGUUUCGACACAACAUGCGGUACCAGGCUCGCUUCCCAGAGCUUGCGCCUCGAACCGGUACCUGGGCCAACAUGAGUCCGGAGCAGAGAAUACAAGAAAGCAAGGAGCAGGAAAAGGAAAGCGCCAAGCUCAGUCCAGAUGCCUUUGUCAGCGAGAUUAUGGUUAUUGCAUAUAUUAGAGGUUACUACCGCCUCGCUGCGAACCGGUUUAUGGACAAGAUGGCGCAGCUGACGCUCGGCGGUAUGCUUCCCGAAAUCCGCUUGCGUCUGGAAUUUGAGCUGCGGAGUCGGCUGGGCAUCCACGGCACCAACCCCAGCAUCGCCUACCAGCGGCUGAUGGAGGAGGACACGGCUACAGCGGCCCGGCGCGAGACGCUCAAGGCCGAGCGAGAAAAGUUUGUCCGCGCCUUGGAGACCAUCCAGGCCCUAGAGAGCAACCCGGGCCUCGACGAGAGCAUGUACGACACGAGCAGCGCGUCCAUGUCCUUUCUGCGACGAGACAGAGAUGUUGUGAUGGAAGACUCGCAAACGACAAGCGAGCUCGCUAGCGGCGAAGCCUAG